GUUUUCUGGCUAUCCACGCUCUGCCAGAGUCAGACAGCACAAGGCAUGUUGAGGUUCCCUUGUCCAGCUACCUGGCCAACCUUGGCAAAGAUCCCUACACAUACAUUUCUGAAAUUCGCUUCCCGGGUCAGGGAGAUGAGGAGGAAGCCGAUGAGUCAAAGCAACAGCUCCUGGAUGACGUGGCUGCACCGCUGCCGCGGCUGAGUUUGCCCCGCGAUGGCGGUGCGUACUCCCACGUCCGACGUGAGAACCAGACACGACAGUCGGCAGAGGAGCAUGAGAUUUGUGGUGAUCCAUCUCACCAAAAGUGGUUGCCACUGUUUCGCUGGUUCCUUUGUGGCGGUGAAGGCUCUGGUCUCGGUUGCCACCAGGAUCCCAACUCGACAAUGUUUUGGAAUGCUUGCAUCGUUGGGAAGAAGAGAUGGUGCAUCUUCCCGCCCUCCACUCCUGAGUCGAUGCUGGUCUCUCGCAGUAUGGACAAACCCUGCAUGCUACCUGGCUCCUGCCCUGAGACCGCAACGACUUCCGACUACCAUCCGUCGGCUUCCGCCAAGGCAUGGUUCGAGCAGGAGUACCCGCGAGUCCGAGACUUGCACUGUGCAGCUCAGAAUGCUGGUGUUGCUUCCGGGAUAGGCAUGAUCGAGUUCAUCCAGUCAGAGGGCGAAGUUGUUGUGUGCCCGGCAGGUUGGUGGCACAUCGUCCUUGUUUUGGAGCCUUCCGUCACCUUCACGGAGAAUUGGUUGGCUGACCGGGACAUUGGCUCUGCUUUAGGGCUUCUGGAAGCCUCUCCCUGGCGCCAUCAGAUCCUGUGGAACUCCCUACCCUGGCAUCUACGAGUACGAGCCUUUUUCGGGCAUACUCUCUUCAGGCUGCAGGCGGCUGCAAAGAUUCUCCUGGAGAGGCGCGAGUUUGGGAGGUGA